AUGCGAGUCGUGAUGCCCCGAACCCUCGUCCUGCCGCUGUCGGGGACCCUGGCCGUGACCAAGACCUGGGCGGGCUCCCCCUCCCUGAGGUAUUUCUCCACCGGCGUGUCCCGGCCCGGCCGCGGGGAGCCCCGCUUCAUCAUCGUCGGCUACGUGGACGACACGCAGUUCGCGCGGUUCGACAGCGACGCGGCGAGUCCGAGGAUGGAGCCGCGGGCGCAGUGGGUGGAGCGGGAGGGGCCGGAGUAUUGGGACCGAAACACCAGGAAGGCUAAGAACCAAGCACAGACUUGCCGAGUGAGCCUGCACACCCUGCGGGGCUACUACAACCAGAGCGAGGCCGUGGGGCCCGACUGGAACCUCCUCCGCGGGUACGAGCAGUUCGCCUACGACGGCGCGGAUUACAUCGCCCUGAACGAGGACCUGCGCUCCUGGACCGCGGCGGACACGGCGGCGCAGAUCACCCGGCGCGAGUGGGAGGCGGCCGGUGUGGCGGAGCGGUGGCGGAACUACCUGGAGGGCACCUGCGUGGAGUGGCUCGGCAGGUACCUGGAGCACGGGAAGGAGACGCUGCAGCGCGGAGAUCCCCUGAAGACACAUGUCUCCCACCAUCCUAUCACUGACCCUGAGGUCACCCUGAGGUGCUGGGCCCUGGGCUUCUACCCUGCGGAGAUCACCCUGACCUGGCUCCAUGAUGGGGAGGACCUGACCCAGGACACAGAGCUUGUGGAGACCCGGCCUGCAGGAGAUGGGACCUUCCAGAAGUGGGCGGCCGUGGUGGUGCCUCCUGGACGGGAGCAGAGAUACACUUGCCAUGUGCAGCAUGGGGGGCUGCCCGAGCCCCUCACCUUGAGACGGCAGUCCCCUCCUCGGCCCCCCAUUCCUGUCGUGGGCAUCGUGGCUGGUCUGGCUGUCGUUGUGGUCACCGGCGCUAUGGUGGUUGGAGCUGUCACGUGGAGGAAGGAGAGCUCAGGCAGUGACAGUCCCCAGGGCUCUCUCUGCUCCUAUAGGAGGACCUGUCCUUCCGGGACCUGGGAUGACAGAGACUUGGACUUCGCCCAGACCUUGUCCUGCCUGCAGGACUGA